AUGACUCCAGGUGAUGCCGAGCACGCAAGAGAUGUGGUUACAGAAAAACAGUCAUUAGAUGUCGAGUUAGGUGUGGUCACACUGGCAGGGGCGAUUAUUAUAUGCAGUAAAGUUAUUAGAGACUGCCCAGUGGAGAUUCAGGGGAGAAGGUUGCCUGCUAGUCUAGGGUACCUGGCAUGUGUAAAAGAAACACAAAAUGAAGGAGUGAAGCUAGAGGAUAUCCCAGUGAUAAGGGAGUUCUCAGAUGUGUUUCCUGAGGAUUUACCGAGAUUGCCACCGGAUCAUGAAGUGGAAUUCGCCAUUGAUUUAACUCCAGGGAGAGCACUGAUUUCCAAGGCUCCAUACCGAAGGGCUCCAGGUGAAUUAAAGGAGCUAAAGGAGCAGCUACAGGAACUUCUUGACAAGGGGUUCAUCAUAUUGAACGUGCGACCCUAG